AUGGAAUUCAUCGCAGCAGGCACAGCUUGGGCGCUGAACAGAGCACCUUCGCCACAGAAGGUUCUCAGCCGACUCGGCCUCGCAUCUCUCGUUGUAACAAAUACCUGGUCAGAACUAUCUUCCAAGCUCUCAUACAACGCGUCGAUUGUGUUUCCAGACGACCCCGAGUUUAGUGGUCUUGUUAGUCGAUGGAGGGAUUGGCAUGCACCACAGGUGGGUGCAGUUGUAACAGCUUUCACCGAGAAGGAUGUGCAAGAAACGGUUCGAUAUGCGAAUAAAAACAGUAUACCAUUUCUAGCUAGAUCCGGUGGCCAUGGCGCGACUGAAGCGUUGCAGCUGGCCAAAGAUGUCCUUGUAGUUGAUAUACGAGGUAUGAACGAUGUCAAGAUUGCUCUAGAUGGCAAUUACGCAACCAUUAGCGGAGGUGCCAGUGUUAAGAAGGUUGUUGACGAACUGUGGGCCGCAAAGAAACAGACUGUUACUGGUAUCUGUGAAUGUGUCGGCAUCUCGGCGCCCGUUCUUGGAGGAGGCCAUGGGUGGCUUCAAGGUCAAUACGGUCUCGCAUCCGAUCAGGUCAUUUCUGCACGCGUUGUCCUUCCCAACGGCGAGGCCAUGACAGCGUCCGAAGAGUCGAACCCAGAUCUCUUCUGGGCCUUGCGUGGAGCAGGACAUAACUUUGGCAUUGUUACAGAAUGGGAGUACCGCAUCUACGACGUUAAAAACCCGAACUGGUCGUACGAAAUCUUCAUCUUUUUGGGCGAUAAGCUUGAAGAGGUCCUUGAGUUGACAAACAAGAUGAUGAAAACUCAGCCACCGGAAAUAAUACACUGGAUGUACAUUGUCAAUAUCCCAGAGAUUGAUCCCGACAAGCCGAUCAUAUGGUAUGCAAUUAUUUCUGAUGGUCCAGUCGACGAGGCCCGAGAAUACGCCAAACCUCUCCACAAAAUGGGCCCUCUCAACGUCAACGCAGGUGCUGUCCCGAUGCCAGAACUCGCUCACAUCACACUUAUGAGUGAAGAUGCUGUCGGCUGCACAAAAGGCUUCACGGGUCUUCGAUACCCCAUAGGUCUCAAGAAGUACGAUCCACCGGCCGUCCGUCAAGUUUAUGACUCUAUUGCCGAGAUAUCUCAUCGCAUCCCAGAGUUGGCGGGGUCAUUCUUUCUACUCGAGGGGUACUCGACACACGGCGUGAAAGCAGUUGACGCAAGUGAAUCUGCGUUUCCUCACCGUGAUGACGAGAUUCUUGUGACAUCAUACAUCCUGUACAAACCCAAUGCUACGCUGGACAGCUUGGCGCAAGAGCAUGGGGAGAAAUUGAGGGGCCUCCUACAGGAAGCUAGCGAUGAACCUGAACGAUUAAGAGCAUACGUCAAUUACGCGCAUGGGGUUGAAUCGCUGGAGAGCAUGUAUGGGUAUGAACCCUGGAGGAUCAACAAGCUCAAAGGGCUAAAGAAGAAGUGGGAUCUUGAGAACCGGAUGAGAUUCUACGCACCAAUUGUUUGA